UUCUUUUUAAAAUUCUCUCGGAGAAUAGGAGAGGAGAGGAGAUCCGCUGCCGAGAACGAUGGCCGACGACCAGCGGGGGGUCGAGAUCACCCUCAAAACCAUCGGCCCCGUCCGCCCCACCACAAUCCGAGUCUCUUCUCCCAUUAAGGUCUGCGAUUUGAGAAUAUUGGUUGCUGCCGAGCGCCGGCUUCCGGCCGACAGACUGAAGCUUGUGCUGCGAGGAAAGACCCUCCAUGACAAGAACGGGGACGAAGAUGCGCUAAUUAGCCUCGAGGAUCGGGAUUCUCUGAUAGUAGCUGUCAUGCCUAAGCCACCUGCCAAGCAUCUUCAUGAGGGCAGUGAUGAAGAAGAAGAAGAACUGAAAUUUCAUAUCCCACAGUCGACGAGCUGGUGGAAGAGGAGGAUUUUUUCUUUUCUUCAUGAGAAAUUGAGAUUGCCCGAUAUCGUGUUGAUCGCAAUGUUCUCUAUCAGUCUAAAGGCUUGGGCUGGCGUCGUUCUAUGGUUUUCACUGGCACCUGUUGCUCACAAAUGGGAUGUAGGCCCCUUAUAUAUACUUGGGACAGGAUUCUUACUCAUACUUCUGAAUCUUGGGAGGAGACAGCAUGGUGAUCUUAGUGCAUAUUCGAUAUUCAAUGAAGAUUUCAGAGAGCUUCCUGGCACUCUCAAUGCAGAGCGUUUGGAUAGAGAUAUUAGAGCUGGUCAAUUUUGAGCCCCUAAACACCCUGACACCCAUUUUGAGUGGGGUUAUACAUGAGCAAAAUUUUGGAUUUGCAACUGUACUGUGUUGCAUACUCUCUCUCUCUCUCUCUCUCUCUCGUGUCUCUGUGUGUGUGUGAGAUACAUGUAAUUUUCUCGAAUGAUCUUAUACCUAAUGGAAUGAAUCAGAAUCAAUUGGAAUUACUUUGCUGUUA